AUGACGAACUCCACCGCCAAUGUGCGAGCCGCCAACGAGUCUGUCGUCAUUGCCGACGUGUGGAACUGCCUAUGGCGUAUUAUUACCAACCGACUCCAACGAGCAUCUGCUCUGGGUGACCACGGCCCCUACCAUCCAAUCAUGAACCCAAAUUGCCUCCGCGCAGCCGUUGCGGCCCCUGCGCCUCCACCUCAGGGGACUACCCAAGCUGAUGGCUCCGUCCAUGCCCUCAAGGCCUUCAUCAUUCUGAGCUAUACUCACCGUGAUUGCCUCAACAACCCCGGCAAGUCAUGCUUCUACUGUGGCGUUGGCAACCACCCCCUUCCUGCAUCCCCUACUCUCAAAUCGCACUAUGCCCGAAACGCUAUGCGUCCGGGUUUUGGCCGCACUGUCUUUGACAACCAUGGUGCUGUCUCCUAA